AUGAAGGACUGGUCAUUUAGCAUAAAUUGGCGUCUGAUCUUCAGCGUGAUUAUGUGGUAUACGCUAAACUGCGUAUACGUCGUACAACAGAAGGCAUUCCUGAACAUCUUGCCGGUUCAUGUGACGUUCAGUGGUUUUCUGAUGAUCCUCGGAUCUAUUCUGAGUUUAUUGAUAUGGGCUGUUGGCUGGAGAGACUUGCCUCGUUUCAAGGGUGCGAAGCGAGCGUUAAAAAUAUUUUUCCCGCUCGCUAUGUGCCACCUUUUGGUGAACUACGGUGCUGUAAUUUCCAUGGGCAUUGGAGCUGUGUCGUUUACUCAGGUUAUCAAGGCUGGAGAACCUGUAUUCACUGCCACCCUUUCUAUCCUCGUUUUGCGCGAGUUCUUGAACGUAUAUGCGUAUUUGUCACUGAUUCCCAUCGUUGUGGGCAUUUCAUUGGCAUCCGUUAAGGAGCUCGAUUUUAACAUUUGGGCCUUUCUCUUUGCUAUGUUAUCCAACCUUGGCAGUUCGAGCCGUGCCAUCUUGGCUAAAAUAACUAUGAAGAACAAGGAUGAGAUCGGUGAGAAUUUGACAGCCGCUAACAUUUAUAUGAUUUUGACAUUAAUAUCUGGUACGCUCUCCGUUCCAUUAGUUUUGUGUAUAGAGGCCUACAAAUGGAAGCCUCUUUGGGUAGAGCACACAGCAAACCUGACAACAUGGCAAAAGUGCCAUUUGCUGCUCCGCGCUUUUAUCUCUGCGGUUUCGUACUAUUCUUACAAUGACUUUGCGUUUUAUUGCCUUGGUCAAAUAAAUCAAGUGGGUCACUCGGUCGCCAACACUUUGAAGCGUGUGUUCGUGAUUGUGGUUUCUAUUAUAAUAUUUAGUAACCCUGUUACCCCCUUGGGUUACGUCGGCAUGGUUAUGGCUGUCCUUGGCGCGUUGUCGUAUUCGUUAAGCAACCAAGGAUUUUUCAACCGAAAGCAGAAGGAGGCCGCUGAGGUGAGGGGCUUAGAAAUUGCGACUCAGCAAAGCCAGUUGCUGUGA